GUGGUUGCAGUGGUAGCGUGCGAGCUUGCUGACCGAAAAGUGGAAUCCGGUCCCCUGUGUUCGUGGAGUCUCAGCCGCCGAGGAUCUCAGGGCUGGUUCCCGUCCCUUCGGAGCCCCGGAGGCCAAACUGGGAUUACAAGUUUAAGGUUUCCUAGAGGGCGAAAGAUAAGGAGCCGACCUCCCCCCCACUGCGGUGUCUGCUGCGGGAGCGGCCAACCCCUACCCGAGUUAAAACUCCCGGGGAGUCUUCGCUGCUCCCACCUCCGCUUCUCCCGCCACGCUCCCACUUGGGGUUCCCCCCACCAGGGCCGCGGUCGCCGCGGUCGCCGCAGCUUGGCUGGGGCUGGAUGUGCGCCCCUGCGGGUUCCCGGGAAUCUGGGAGCGGCCGCUGAGCCGCGGCGCGGGCUGAAAGUUUGUAUUCGCCCCGUGCAGCCUCACCCCGCAGGGGCGUCCACCAUGAUCACCCGUGUCUUCAGCGUGCGCGUGUGGGCCCCGGUGGGCGUCUUGACUUCGCUGGCGUAUUGCGUCCACCAGCGGCGGGUGGCCCGGGCCGAGACCCCGGGGGCGCCUGGCCAGCGUCCCGUCGACCGGAGUCUGCUGGAGUUGAAAAUGGUGCAGGUCGUGUUCCGACACGGGGCGCGGAGUCCUCUCAAGCCGCUCCCGCGGGAGCAGGCAGAGUGGAAUCUCCAGCUAUUAGAGGUCCCACCCCAAACUCAGUUUGAUUACACUGUCACCAAUCUAGCUGGUGGCCUGAAACCACAUUCUCCUUUCGACUCUCAGUACCGAAAGACCGUACUCAAGGGAGGCAUGUUUGCUGGACAGCUGACUAAUGUGGGCAUGCAGCAGAUGUUUGCCCUAGGACAGAGGCUGAGGAAGAGCUAUGUGGAGGACAUCCCCUUUCUUUCACCAACCUUCAAUCCACUGGAGGUCUUUGUUCGUUCCACUAAUAUAUAUCGGAAUCUGGAGUCUACCCGAUGUUUGCUGGCUGGGCUUUUCCAAAGUCAGAAAGAAGGACCCAUCGUCAUCCACACUGAUGAAGCAAGCUCUGAAGUCUUGUACCCCAACUACCAGAACUGCUGGAGCCUGCAGGAGAGAACAAGAGGCCGGAGGCAGGCUGCCUGUUUGCAGCCAGGAAUCUCUGAGGAUUUGCAAAAGGUGAAGGAAGGGAUGGGCAUUGCCAGUAAUGACGGAGUAGACUUCCUCAACCUCCUUGACAAUGUGGCUGCUGAGCAGGUGCACAGCCUCCCGAGCUGCCCCACACUGAGGAGAUUUGCACAGAUGAUUGAGCAGAGAGCUGUGGACACGGCCUUGUACAUUAUGCAGAGGGAAGACAGGGAGAGCCUUCAGGUGGCGGUUGGCCCAUUCCUCCACAUCCUGGAGAGCAACCUGCGGAAAGUCGUGGACCCUGCCACUGCACCAGGCAAGACCAGUGCCUGGAACCUGGCUGGGGGCACAGAUUUGGAAUGUGAUGUGUCCUGGGCAUUUGCUGAGCAGAGUGUGAUCUACAGGUGAACAGCUUCACCGCUACUGGGGGAGCUUCUAGAUUUGGACUGACCUAUUGAAUCAGGAUCUGCAUUUUAACAAGAUCCCCAGGGGUUUAUGCACACACUGCUGUUGAAGCGCUGUUGUAGGCGGCCUUCUUUAGAGAGAUUGUACAUAGCUAGAAACUCACGAACGUGGGAACAGUAGGGGACAGUGAGGUGACAUAGGAACAUUCAGGAACUUUGGGCCAGAUUUAUAAUAGCAGAUCAUACCAGUGCCCUUCCCUGUCCUUCACAGCAUCUGCAGUGACAGUACAUUUCUCACUGGCCCUGGCCACCUUGCCCCCCUUGACUUUGUAUCUGUAGAAUACUACAGGGUCCAGUGUCAGUCUUCUAGUUUAAGAGUCAACACAUAGGGGCACCUGGGUGGCUCAGUCUGUUGAGCAUCUGACUCUUGGUUUUGGCUCAGGUCAUGAUCUCACAG